GCACCCAGCAGCAUGGAUCCUUUUGGUCUCAAGGGCGACCUUUCAAGAGACAAGAAAUUCGCCGCAUUCCGAAAUACAAAAUUGAUCCCCAUGGAAACCUCUUCAUCCUCUGAUGACAGUUGUGACAGUUUUGGCUCUGAUAAUUUUGCAAACACUAAACUGAAGUUCAAGCCAGAUGUCACGGAAGAAAUGGCUAAAAUAUUUUACGAGAACUCGGAUGAUGAACCAUUCUGCGGGUUUUCUGAAAGUGAGAUUCAGGAUGGACUGAAACUGGAGACGGAUUCUGAGGAAAAUGAUAUGAGCGUGGAGAAUAAGCAUCCACCCAUUAGACUGAAAAAGUGCUCUGUUCGUCUGAUGAAAGUCGCUAUGAAAUUUCCACUUCGAAAUUCCAAGAGAAAAAACAGCGAAAAUGUGACCACCGAAACCAAAAUGGACUCAGAUUCCGAUUCUGAUGAGGAAAAAGGCUCCAAAUUCUUAGAGAAAAGAGCUUUAAACAUCAAGGAAAACAAGGCCAUGCUUGCAAAGCUAAUGGCAGAAUUAAAAAACAUCCCUGAGAUUUUUACUGGGAAAGAUCCACUGGCAAUUCCUACUCGAAACUCUCCAAAAAGAUCCUUUCCAAGAAGGUCUUUACGAAGGAAUCCAGAAAGAAUUUCUAGACCUCACACAAGGUCCAGAUCUUUGAUUGAAGGUCAUCCAAGUCCUGUAUCAGGGAAGGAGGAGGAUGAUCCGUACGCCUUGGUGAGGAGAAAGAUACCUGAUGACUUCUCAGAGGAUGAAAUGGACACACCCAGGAGCAGGCGUUCUGGCGCUAUGACUCUUCCCCACAUUAUCCGCCCAGUGGAAGAAAUAACCCAGGAAGAGUUGGAUAAUAUUUGUGAAACUUGCCGAGAUAAAGUAUACAACCGUGUGACAGGUUCUACCUGUCAUCAGUGUCGCCAGAAAACAACCGACACCAAGACCAACUGUCGCAACCCUGACUGUUUAGGGGUGCGUGGUCAGUUUUGUGGGCCUUGCCUUCGCAACCGUUACGGAGAAGAAGUCAGGACUGCUUUGUUGGAUCCGGAUUGGCAUUGCCCUCCUUGCCGUGGGAUCUGCAAUUGUAGCUUCUGCAGGCAGCGGGAAGGGCGAUGCGCUACGGGGGUGCUGGUGUACUUGGCCAAAUACCAUGGAUACGACAACGCUCACGCUUACUUGAAAAGCCUGAAAAAAAAACUUGAAAUGCAAGAAUGAAGCUCCGACCCUGUUCUGCACUUGCGCCAAUGCUAAGC